AUGGAGACAAAGCGAAAGCAGUCGACGGUGCAGUCUGAGUCUGAAACAUGGCUGCGAAAGGUUGCCGAAGCUUUGGCACGACCUGACACCUCUUACGUGCAUGCUGCAGAAAAGCUGGGCUGCGACAAACGCACGGUCACGAGAGCUGCAUACCAGCUCGGGGGAGAAGCAGUAUGGAGUUUCUUGCCGCUUGACGAAGCAAACGUAGCCGUGGCCAAGCUGCCUGAACUGCUGCGACUUCUCUGUGCCCGAACUCCGGCGCUUUUUAAUGCUUUUUGGAAAGCUUCACAAAGCGCUGCCGAGGAGCCUCUGAGCCUGGUACUCUCCUUCGAUGAGGCUACUGCCGGGAACGUUCUUGCACCGGAUCCUGCCAAAAAAGCAUGCAUCAUGUACAUCGGGUGCAAAGAGAUUGGCACACAGGAUCCUGCUUUGUGGUGGCCUGUCAGUGUCAUCAGAUCAGAAACCCUGAAACACCACAACUUCGGCAAGAUCCUCCGCCACUUUUUGCAGACCAAUCCUGCGGAGCAACUCCAGGGCGGCUUUCUGCUUGAGUCUGCCGGCCAGGCGCCGUUCAUCGUGCGAGUGCGAAUCGCAGCAGUGAUAGCAGACGGCGAAGCACUAAGACAAGCCUUGUCUUGCAAAGGUGCAGCAGGUCUAAAACCCUGCUUCAAUUGCAAGAACAUUGUUAUGAGGGGUCAUGCAGUGACAGGCUGCCUGGACGGAUACCUUGAAGACAUCGCGUCCGUGGACCGGGCCAAUUGGGAUGCCAUGACCGAUGCGGACCUCUUUGAGUUCUCCGACGAGCAACGGAGAAAGAAGGUGCUGCUGUCCAAAACAGCUUUCGAAAAGGAGGAGACUCUGUCCGGUGUGGUUUACAAUCCGGACAGCCUGUUGCAGGAUGCCUGGGCUCGAAGCCAGCUGCCUCCCAGUAUCUGGAUGUAUGAUUUUCUACAUAUAUAUUACACCAAAGGAGGUGUUGCCUCGCUAGAGCUGGCCCUCCUCGUGGACCGAGCUUGCUCCACUCUCGAAAUUGAGCAUGAGCACCUGGCUGCCCUUCUGCGGGAGCAUUGCUGGCAGGUGCCCGGACAUGUGCAAGGCUUUUCCGGGCCGUCCACCCGAGCCCGGCUCUUGGACACGGCUCGCUUCAUGGAAGGAGGCUAUAAAUCCAAAGCUGCAGAUCUCCAGCAACUGAUGCCACUGCUCCCUGCCUUGCUUGAGAUGUUGGAUACAGACCAGGACCUGAGCCUGGAGCUGGCGAGCUUUGACAUGCUCCUGCAGAUUCACGAAGAGCUCUCCCGGCUGAAGCGCUUCAGCCAAGUUCGCUGCACGAAUACUCUGCAGGAGCUGCAGACACGGCACCAGCUCCUCAGCAUCCGGGCAUAUGGCUCUGAGAUCCUUCGCCCGAAGCAUCACUGGAGAUUCCAUGCUGCGGACCAAAUACGGCAGUUUGGAAGAUAUAUGGACACAGCUGCCUGUGAGAGCAAGCACCAGAUGUACAAGGGAGUGGCCCAAAAAAACUAUGAUGCAGCGACUCAUGGAGAAAACUGGUCCCGGGCCGUGGCGAUCAGAAUGGUGGUUUCCUGCCACAACCAGCUUCGGACUUUCUUCGAGAAGCAGGCCGAGAUGUUCAUGGGGAAGCCCACCGCUGUUCCCUAUGGAAUUGGUGCUGUGCAGAGCUACAAGGCUGUGAAACUGCUCGGCCGCCACUGUACACAGGGCGACUUCCUUCUGGAGCCUUUUCCUGCAGAGGUGCUCAGAUGUUGCAGGGAUUCUGCCGACAGACCUUUCCUGCAGGUCGUGGAGUAUCGGCGGGAGACUGCCGGGGUCUUCAGCAACGUCUUUCGUCGCACUGCUAGGCUUCGCGAAUUGCGAGGCUUGCGACAUGUCACGCAAGCCCACUGGUGGCUUCGUGAGACCAAAGACCUCGUACGAGCCGUGCGGUAA